AUGAUGGAAGCAUUAGAUCUAUUAAUAGCGACCGAUGAACUCCUAUUAACAGAACUGUCGGAUCAUGUUCAAGAAUAUUUAUUACAUUAUGAAGUGGGUUGGCUGGAGGAUAAUUUAAUAACACUUUGGAGAAAGAUAAAUCAAUAUGAAUCGUGUAGAAAACUACAAGAGUAUUGUUUAUCAUUAAUUUGUAAAGAUCCAAACUUCUUAUUUAAAUCACCAGAUUUUCUUUCACUCGAUUCAUCAUUAUUAGUUCCAUUUUUAAAAUUGGAUAAUUUACAAAUCGGGGAAGUUCAAAUUUGGAAUUAUUUAAUUGAAUGGGGAUUGGCACGAAAUGAAAAUCUACUAGUUGAGAAUAUUUCACAAUGGACAAAGGAAGACUUUGACCAAUUGGGCACAACGUUAAAAGAAUGUAUUCCAUUGAUAGGAUUUUCACAAAUCAAUUCAUCAGACUUCUUUGAUAAAGUUUGGCCAUUUAGGGAUAUUUUACCUAAGGAUACAUUAGAAGACGUGAUGAGAUAUCAUUUGAAACCCACGACCUCGCCAAAAUCUAUUGAUAAAUUAGCGAAAAGGUUACAAUUUGACUCGGGACUAUUGAGACAAUGUCACGCAGCAUUAUUAUGUAGUUGGAUCGAUAUAUUAGGACAGAAACGAGGAAUGAUUGAGGAUGGUAGACUAUGUAGGGUAAGCAGGCAUCGAAGUUGUUAUGCCAUUAGAUUUAAUGGGAGAGAUUAUGGACCUUGCUUUGGGGAUAAGGAUUUAAGCAUGAAAGGGAAGUUUGAUCAAGAGGGAAGUUGUAGUUGUCAAAAAGAUGAUUAUUUUGAUAAAGUUACUGACACGGGAAGCUUUAAAGUUGAUGAAUAUGAAGUUUUUAAGAUCGUUAAAAAGUAA